UUACUGGGGCCAAAGACAGAAGCUGAUUUGGAAAAGAAACCAAAGGCUGCAAAGGCCCGGCCAGCACCGGCAGAGAAGCAGAAGGCAGCUGUGGUGGAGAAUGGUGAGGUGGGCACAGAGACACGGUCACUGCUGGAGCAGCUUCGGGGAGAAGCCCUCAAGUUCCACAAGCCAGGAGAGAACUACAAGACAGAGGGCUACGUGGUGACACCCAACACCAUGGCUCUGCUGAAGCAGCACCUGGCAAUCACGGGUGGGCAGGUGCGGACACGGUUCCCUCCUGAACCCAAUGGGAUCCUGCACAUCGGCCAUGCCAAGGCCAUCAACUUCAACUUUGGCUAUGCCAAGGCCAACGGUGGCGUGUGCUUCCUGCGCUACGACGACACCAACCCUGAGAAGGAGGAGGAGAAGUACUUCACAGCCAUCCGGGAGAUGGUGGAGUGGCUGGGCUACCAGCCCUAUGCAGUGACCCAUGCAUCAGAUUACUUUGACCAGCUCUACGCCUGGGCCCUAGAGCUUAUCCGCAGGGGCCAGGCGUAUGUCUGCCAUCAGAAGGUUGAGGAGAUCAAGGGGCACAACCCACCGCCCUCACCAUGGCGGGACCGGCCUGUGGAGGAGUCGCUCGUGCUCUUUGAGGACAUGCGAAAGGGCAAGUUUGGGGAGGGGGAGGCCACGCUGCGGAUGAAGCUGGUGAUGGAGGACGGGAAGAUGGACCCUGUCGCCUACCGUGUCAAGUUCACUCCACACCACCGCACUGGGGACAAGUGGUGCAUCUACCCCACCUAUGACUACACACACUGCCUCUGCGACUCCAUCGAGCACAUCACACACUCCCUCUGCACCAAGGAGUUCCAGGCCAGGCGCUCCUCCUACUUCUGGCUGUGCAACGCGCUGGACGUCUACUGCCCCGUGCAGUGGGAGUACGGGCGCCUGAACCUGCUCUACACCGUUGUCUCCAAGAGGAAAAUCAUCCGGCUGGUGGAGACAGGUGCUGUGAGGGACUGGGAUGACCCGCGGCUCUUCACGCUGACAGCCCUGCGCCGGAGAGGCUUCCCCCCCGAGGCCAUCAACAACUUCUGUGCCCGGGUUGGUGUGACGGUGGCCCAGGCAACGAUGGAGCCACAUUUGUUGGAGGCGUGUGCACGGGAGGUGCUGAACGAGCAAGCCCCCCGUGCCAUGGCUGUCUUGGAGCCCCUCAAGGUCACCAUCACCAACUUUCCUGCCCUGAAGGCACUCGAGGUCCUUGUGCCCAACUUUCCAGCUGAUGAGAGCCGAGGUUUUCACAAAGUGCCCUUCCAGUCCACCAUCUACAUUGAGGAGACUGACUUCAGGGAGGAGGUGGACAAGGGCUACAAGCGCCUGGCCCCGGGGCAGCCGGUGGGGCUGCGCCACACUGGCUAUGUCAUCACCACCCAGAAUGUCAUCAAGGAUGCCAGCGGGCGCGUGAUGGAGCUGGAGGUGACCUGCACCAAGUCGGAUGUGGCGGAGAAGCCCAAAGCCUUCAUCCACUGGGUGUCGGAGCACCUGCUUUGAGAUCAGCCCCUGUCUCAUGGCAGGUUUUUGCACAAAAAUCCUGAGGACCCAUCAGAGGUGCCUGGUGGCUUUCUGAGCGACCUCAACCCUGACUCCCUGCGCGUGGUCCACAAUGCCCUGGUCGACACCUCCGUCCUCUCCGCCCAGCCCUUCGACAAGUUCCAGUUUGAGCGGCUGGGCUACUUCUCUGUGGAUCCCGACAGCAGGGAGGGGAAGAUGGUGUUCAACCGGACGGUGACGCUGAAGGAGGACCCGGGAAAGGUGUGA